AUGGCGCGAAGGACACCGCCGGUUGUCAUCGACAUCGGUACCGGAUGUACCAAGAUGGGUUUUGCUGGCAACAUCGAACCCACUUUCAUGAUCCCCACUGUCGUGGCCAACGCAGCCAAGAAGUCAACCGGGAGUGUACAUAUCAGCCAGAUCAGCCAGACGCCAUCUGCGCAAGGGCUGGCUGAUGCAGACUUCUAUAUCGGCGACGAGGCCUACAAGCUCAAGGACUCCCCGAAUUACUUGCUUUCCUCGCCCGUGUCCAAGGGAAGGAUAGAGCAUUGGGACGACAUGGAGCGCUUCCUGCAGCAGGCGAUUUUUCGCAGUUUGCGCUGCAUUCCAGAGGAUCACGACUUCCUCCUCACAGAGCCGCCCUUUAACACCCCAGAGAACCGGGAGCUGAUGGCAGAGAUGAUGUUCGAGACCUUCAACGUCAAUGGCCUCUACAUCGGCGUGCAGGCCGUUCUGGCCUUGUACGCUCAAGCGGUCACCGAGGAACAGUACGAGGGCAGCAGCCCGAACCUGACUGGCUUGGUCGUGGAUUCCGGGGACGGCCUCUCUCACGUGAUCCCGGUGGCAGACGGCUACGUCAUCACCUCCUGCAUUCAG